UUAGAGCAGCCCAGCCCAGCCUCCCUCUUCCCGCUCCCGCCCCGCCCCGCCGGGGCCUUCAGUGCCGGCGUUGUUUCCGGGGCGAACGGCCGUGCCUGCCCCAAACUCGCGGAGCCCCAGGGAUGCCGAGGGGAGGAAGGGGGAAGGACGGAGGCGGGCAGCUGGGUGGCUGCCUGCCGGCUGAGCGGACACGCUGCGGAGCUCCGCGGGUGGCAGCAGGCAGCACAGCGGGCAGCCGUGCGGGGCCUCGCCUCGGGCGGGACUGCGGCGCGGCCAUGGAGGAGCCCGACACGGAGCCACCGCUGAUGGUGGUGCCGGGCGCCGACCCGGCCCGGAGGCAGCUGUGCUUCGAGUGGGGCCCGGCCGAGAUGCUGCUGUGCGAGACGCAGUUCGGCCGGAGAGGUGGGGAGCGCCCCAGGGCGCCGGGAGGCAGCGCGGGCGCGGCCCUGACGGGCUGCGUCGUUGCAGGCAGCGGGGACGGAGGGCCGGGCCCCUCCUGCGUCUUCGUGGUCCGCAGGGACCAGGACAUCUACAUGGAGACGCUGCGGAAGCUCUUCAACGAGUCCCACGGCAUCUUCGUCGGGCUGCAGCGCUGCGAGGAGGAGCAAGCUACGAGGGCGAGGAAUGUGCAAUUUGUCCAAGUGAGUAAAAACUACCGCUCAGUCAUAAGAGCCUGUAUGGAGGACAUGCACCAGGCAGCGAUUUCAGCCCGGGACCCUGCCCUGCAGAGCCAGUACAGCAUUCAGGUUUCUAUUCUCUCUGCCAUGGAGCUGAUCUGGAAUCUGUGUGAGAUUCUGUUUGUUGAAGCAACUCCAGCUGGUCCCCUCCUGCUUCGUCUCCUUGACUGGGUUCAACUUCACAUCUGUGAUGUAGACAACAUGGUCCGUGAAGUUCUGAACAGUGAAAAUCCAUCAAAACACAAGCUCUUCUGGAAUGUGGUAGAUAUCUUUGUGCUGCAAGGCCGAAUGGAUGAAGCACGCCACUUGCUCUCCAAGGAAGCCAGUGCAAACCCCACAUCAGUGAAUAUGUACAAAAUCCUGGAUGACUUGAUGAAGAAGAUGCCUGUGCCCAGUCUUGGUAACACCCAAACACUGACUGAGAUAGAGCUGAAAUGGCAGCAUUGGCAUGAAGAAUGUCAACGUUAUCUACAGGAUGGAACUUUUGCUUCCCAUUCCCACAUGGAAUCCAUCUGCAAGAUCCUACUGGGAGAUGAGAAUGCUAUACUAGAAAAAAAGGAACUCAUGACUACUUGGUACCACUUUCUGGUUACUCGACUCCUGUACUCACAUCCAACUGUGAAGCCAAUGGAACUGCGGUUCUAUGCACAGUCUAGUAUGGACCUGUUCCUGGGUGAAGAAAGCAGCCCUGAGCCUCUAGACACAAUUUUAAUGGCAGCCUUUGAAUUUGAGCUUCAUCAAGUGAUCAAGGAGUGCAGUGUUGCUCUGAGCAACUGGUGGUUUGUGGCUCAUCUGACUGACCUUCUGGAUCACUGUAAACUCCUGCAAUCUCACAAUCUCUAUUUUGGUUCAAACAUGCGUGAAUUCCUUUUACUAGAGUAUGCCUCGGGACUCUUCUCCCAUCACAGUCUGUGGCAGCUGGGGGUAGAUUACUUUGACCACUGUCCAGAAUAUGGCAGGGUCUAUUUGGAGCUUCAUAUUGAGCGGAUACCCCUUAACACAGAACAGAAGGCCCUCAAAGUGCUGAGGAUCUGUGAGCAGAGACAGAUGCAUGAACAAGUUCGAAGCAUCUGUAAAAUCAUGGCCAUGAAAGCUCUGCGGAAUAAUCGCUUGGGCUCUGCCCUGUCUUGGAGCAUCAGAGCUAAGGAUGCGGCUUUUGCUACGCUAAUAUCAGAUCGAUUCCUUAAGGACUAUUGUGAAAGGGGAUGCUUUUCUGACUUAGACCUCAUCGAUAAUUUGGGACCAUCCAUGCUGCUUAGUGACCGGCUGACAUUUCUUGGGAAGUACCGUGAAUUCCACCGUCUGUAUGGGGAGAAGCGGUUCUCUGAAGCUGCGAGGCUGCUUCUGAUGCUGAUGACUGCUCAUAUUGCACCUUCCUCCUUCUGGAUGACCCUGCUUACAGAUGCCCUUCCCCUACUGGAGCAGAAAGAGGUCAUAUUUUCAGCAGAGCAGACUUACGAAUUGAUGCGAUGCCUGGAAGAUCUGACAGCAGGGAGGUUGGAUAAGCAGAAGUUCCAGGAUGACGAUGUUGAGACCAUGAAAGUGGAAAUGCUGAGACUUGCUCUUGCGCGAAAUCUUGCACGAGUCAUUGUGAAAGAAGGCACAUUGCAAGGAUCUUGAAGAGAGUAAUGUGUGAUUUUACUCUCCGUGGUUUAUUGUACAUAAACCUGACUGUUUUUCUAAGAAUAAAAGUCCUGUUUUGCAUA